AUGUCAUGCUCUGCAGGCAGGCAGACUAUGCCCUGCCUUGCGCUUAGUGUGACUGUCAUUCUGAGCUGGUUAAGUGGUGUUGAGUGCCUGCUGCUGCUAGAUGUCUUUUGGUAAUUCACGCUGCUGAUUUCCACACUCACUACACAGUGCAAAUGACCAUGUCGCAAGACAACGGAGACUUAUUAGAAGGAUCUGCAUCAGAUCUGCAUCUAGCCCUGGAUGAAUGUAUGACUGCUGUGGAUUUAUUUCUAAGCAACAAGUUUCCUGAGGCCCUUGCUUCCCUACAAGCAAGAACUAAGGACAGUAUGUAUCACGCACUGACACAUGCUACCAUACUGGAAAUGCAAGCCAUGAUGACCUUUGAUGCCCAGGACAUGCUGAAUGCAGGAAACACAAUGAAAGAAGCUCAAGCCACCUGUCAAAAGUUUAGGAAGAAAUCGACUGUAGCUGAUUCUUUUAAUAACCUUGUGCAUAGACAAAACCUCGAACACUUCACUGAAGAGGAAAUUCAUGCCGAAGUUUGCUAUGCUGAAUGCUUGCUUCAGAGAGCGGCUCUCACAUUUCUGCAGGAUGAGAACAUGGUUAGCUUUAUCAAAGGAGGCAUCAAAGUCAGGAACAGCUAUCAGACAUAUAGGGAAUUGGACAGUCUUAUACAGUCUCCAAACUAUGUUAAAGGAAAGAACUAUCUCCAUUUUGAAGGUGGUGUAAAGCUUGGAGUUGGAGCUUUCAACCUGACAUUGUCCAUGUUUCCAACACGGAUCUUACGAUUACUGGAGUUUGUUGGGUUUUCUGGAAGCAAGGAGUAUGGUCUGUUGCAGCUUCAAGAGGGAGCAUUGAUGUACAGCUUUAGGUCGGUGCUGUGUACCAUGCUGCUGCUGUGCUAUCAUACCUUCAUGACCUUUGUGUUAGGGACAGGGAAAGGAAACGUUGAAGAGGCAGAAAAGCUACUCAAGCCUUACUUGGCUCGCUAUCCAAAAGGAGCCAUAUUCCUGUUUUUUGCGGGCAGGAUAGAAACAAUAAAAGGCAAUAUUGAUACAGCGGUUCGCAGGUUUGAGGAGUGCUGUGAGGCUCAGCAGCAUUGGAAGCAGUUUCAUCACAUGUGUUACUGGGAGCUAAUGUGGUGCUUCACCUACAAGCGCCAGUGGAAGGUGGCCUAUUUCUAUGCGGACCUGCUAAGCAAAGAAAACAAUUGGUCAAAGGUAACCUAUAUUUACAUGAAAGCUGCCUAUCUCAGUAUGUUUGGACCAGAUGAUCACAGACCCUUUGGGGAUAAUGAAGUUGAACUGUUUAGGACUGUGCCCAGUCUGAAAUUGAAAAUUGCAGGAAAGUCACUGCCUACAGAGAAGUUUGCCAUUCGGAAAUCUCGGCGAUACCUUCCCUCAAACCCUGUUCCUUUGCCUGUGCCUGCUUUGGAAAUGAUGUAUAUCUGGAAUGGCUAUGCUGUGAUUGGAAAACGUCCUGAUUUAACAGAAGGCAUGUUGCAGACAUUAACUGAGGCAGAAGCAGCACUAGAAAGAAGCCCAGCUACAGAAUUACUAGCAGAUGACCAAUGUUUGGUAAAGCUGUUAAAGGGUUUAUGUCUGAAGCACUUGGGCAAGAUUUCUGAGGCAGAAGAUCAUUUCACUUACAUCCAUUUAAAUGAGAGGAAGAUAAAGUAUGACCAUUAUUUAAUCCCAAAUGCCCUGCUUGAACUUGCUGUACUAUACAUGGACCAUGGUAGAAGAGAAGAAGGAGUAAAGUUACUGGAAAGAGCAAAACAAAAUUACAAGAAUUACUCCAUGGAAACAAGAACACAUUUCAGAAUUCAAGCUGCCUUGCACCAAGCCAAAUCUGUCUCAGAAAAUGGAGUACAUUCUGGAGCUUCAGCAGUGUCUUAACCAUUUCUUCUUUGGUGUCUUUGUAUGCAAACUCUGAAACAUUAUCGCCCUUCUCUGUUAAAUCAGUGGGAGAGACCAGAACAUGUAAAAUAUUACAUGUGAUACCUAAAAGAUUUUGAAUCUUGGGUGACAGUCUGGCAAAAAACAAAACAAUCUCUUCUCUCCCCCCCCCCCCAACCCCUUUACAAAGUAUUUCUUUUUCCAAAUGUGGCUUGUAAUUUAUCUUUGUAAUUAAUUUUUAAUUUGUGUAUAUUAUUAAAUUUACGUAUUUGCUAGGCUAUGAAAUGGGAUAACUAAACAAGAAGGCUUAUUGGUUUUGAUCCGAC